UCAGCUUUGGAUGUGGGGUGGCUGACCGGGGAGAACACGCGGUAAUCCCCUUUAAGAAGGUGUUAUUUACCAAGGGGUCUCCGAACGGCACACGGGCUGAGAAUCCGCCCCUUUAUUGGUUCGUACAAUGUGGAAGGCUAAUUUGUUCACUGCUUCUAGUGUUUUUUGUAGUUAUUAUAAAAGCCACAUCUUGGACUCAUAGACUUUAGGAAGAUCGUUGCGGAUUUCAGAUUUUGCCUCCCAAGCACUUUUGACCGCCUCGCUCUCGAAGCUCACUACAAAUAUGGAGCUCACCCUGCUUGCGAUCGCGGUCGCUGGACUAUCCUCUAUCCCACUCGCUCAAUGCGAGAAGCAGGUCACGGAUGGAAUAUCCAGCUGUGGAGAUGCAUGGAUGCCUAGAGAUAAUGUCACUAUUGCGCAAGGAACAGACACGCGUAGGGGGUACAGUACGGCGGUGCAAACCUUCUGUAGCGCAGCGAAUGGGCAGACGGUGAAGCCUAGCGGAUAUCUAUCCCUCGCAACGGAAGUCUUCCUUAAUGGCGGGAAGGAUCCCGCUACUUACGGUGUUCUAGGAUUUGUAUACUUCGAGGUCCACAAUAAAGAAGACUCGGAUCAUACUAUUUCAAUCGAGAAUUGUAAGAACUAUCUCUUGGCACUUAGUGCCGAUGGGGGUCAAUGUUCAGGCGAGCAAAACCACGACACGAAGGGUGGCACUUGGCAGGUCGGGAAUAAUGGCGUUUCGUACCAUGCUCUGGGAAAUGAGAUACCGCCUACACAAGACGCCAUUAACAAAUUGUUUUCUGGCUCUGCUUUGGGAGCGCAAAGUGUUAAUAAGGGAUCCGGCCCGCCCUUGAACCCCUGGCCGUUGGACUCUGUGAAUAGCGUCAAGCCGACGAACUGCCAUAGCCAUAACGACUAUGACCGAAACAUCCCCAUAUAUUCGGCUUUAAGUGCGGGGUGUAUUGGGAUUGAAGCUGAUGUCUGGUAUGUUAACGGGGACGUUAUUAUCGGCCAUAUCCUCCCAACCCCUGGAAGGACUUUAACGGCGCAGUAUACCCAGCCGCUACGAGCAAUAUUAGACCACAACAAUGGUGGCUCGCCCGGAGAUGUUGGCCUAUACAAGGCCAAUCCUGGACAGAGCGUUACGCUGCUUGUAGAUUUCAAGACCUCUGAUACCCAGACUCUGGAUGCUGUCGUCAAAGCACUCCAACCCCUCCGUGAUGGCGGGUACCUCAGUCACCUCGAUGGUGAUAAGUUCGUCGAGAGACAGAUCACGGUUGUCGCGAGCGGGAGUGCCCCAUUUGACCGCAUCAACUCAGGCGACGGUGUCCCCGACCGAGACGUAUUUUACGAUGCCCAUGUGGACCAAUGGGACAGCGAAUUCACCAGCCAGAAUUCCUACUACGCCUCGGCCGAUUUCGAAGACGCCGUUGGAAGCCCAGGCAGCGUAGAAGACUUCAGUCAGGACCAGAAGAGUACGGUCCAAUCGCAAGUUGAGACAGCUCAUUCGGCGGGCCUUAAAGUACGAUACUACAAUUUGCCGGGAGAUUAUCUUUGGGAGCCCCUCGCAGCUCUUGGUGUAGAUAGGUUAAACGCCGAUGAUAUGUAUGACACAGCCAGGCUUCCGCGGGUAUAGUCAGACUGGAUAUAGUAUGAUUUAGGAUUUAUGAAUCUCUGUAAAUAGGUUAAUACAUGGGAAGCUCCAGGUUGGUCCCGACGAAAUGGAAAUCGAUUUGAAUCCUAGUAACACUAGACUUUUUCCGGUUUAUUCAAUGCUAUUUAUCAAUUCUAUUUACCUCCUUUAGAGGAUGGAUUUCUGAUAUGUAAC